GCUACUUACUAAUAUAAAGUUUUCCUUUCUUGAAUAAGAAUGUCUAAAAAGUUGCUGCUGGUAGAUGUGGACUGUGGGGUGGACGAUGCUCAAGCUUUGAUGAUGGCUCUGGCAGCCCCUGAGGUUGAGAUUGUUGGGAUAACUUGUUGUUUUGGGAACACCACCGUUGAAAAUGUCUGCAAGAAUGUACUGCGUGUUCUCCAAGUGUGUAAAAGGAUGGAGAUUCCAGUGUUUUGUGGAGCAUCUCAGUCAGUUUUAGGAGAAAUUAAUCCAGAAUUUACACAUUUUGGAGGUGAUGGGUUAGGAGAUGAAAAAGACCCACACAGUCCAGGACUGGAGCACAUACAAGAAGAAGAUGCUGUCCAUGCUUUAAUAAGGAUAAUCAGUCAGCAUGAGAACCAAAUCAGUGUUGUAGCAGUGGGACCUUUGACCAAUCUGGCUUUGGCAGCAAAAAUUGACCCUACUCUUCCAAAGAAGAUUAACAAAUUAUAUAUCAUGGGAGGAAAUCUUGAAGGUAGAGGAAACAGGACUGUAUGUGCCGAAUUUAAUUUCUACCUGGAUCCAGAAGCUGCUUAUAUAGUAACAAAUGAAUUUACAUGCCCCAUCUUUAUUGCUGCUUUGGAGUUCACACGGGAACAUGGCCUCGCAAUGGAGUAUUUCAGAAACUGGGUGGAACAAGACACUGACAAAGCCAGGUUUAUGAAGAAGAUUACAGCGAAGUUACAACAGAAAUACGGCUUUGUUUCCUAUGACUCUUACGCCAUGGCUGCAGCAAUUGAUGAAAGCAUUGUAACAGAAUACCUAGAGUGUGCCGUGAGUGUGGAGCUUCAUGGCAGAUAUGCCAGGGGGAUGCUGGUGCUGGACACUGAGGAUAAGUGGAAGAAACAGCCAAACGUUGUCCUGAUGAAAAGAUGUGACCUUCAAAAAUUUAAAGAACGAUUAUGGGCUGCUCUGCAAUAAAAUAAAUACAACUGCAUUUGAAUAAUGAGCUUUUUUUUUUCUCCUUGAACUAUAUAGCUUGAUGAAUAAUAAGCAAAGUUUUCAUACAGUCUAAGCAUUUCGGAUAA